GCAGCCGGGGGAUGGGCCGAGGGGCGGCAGAGGCUCAGGCUCGGGCCCGGGCCCCGGGAGGCGGUGGGGUCGCAGUUCAGGUCGGUGCCGGCGGCCGGGGGGCGGCCGCUGCUUCACGGAAGUGGAUUUAAAUCGAUCUCCGGCCUGAGGCCGCGGCGUGGCCUCGUGUUCCGGCCGCGGGGGGGAAGCUGCACCGAGAGAACAGGAGGAAACAACUCGAUACAAAGGUCUGGAGUUGAGGAUAAACUGGAACCAGAGCUUCUCCAGAAACAGGAGGGUGACUGACUGAAAGGCAGAGGAAUCAUGGCCCAAAGAGCCGCUUCUGUUGCUAAGGCUCUGGCCUGUGUGGUGACCCUCCUGGUGUCAAAGAGCAGAGGUCAGCUGAAACAAAGCUCCCGAUUUGGGAAUAAACCCUUUGUGACUGUUUGGAAUGCACCAACACAGGAUUGUGUCCGUCACUCAGUCAAUCUGGACCUCAGCAUGUUUGACAUAACAUCAUCUCCAAAUGAAGGCUUUUAUAACCAGAAUUUAACCAUCUUCUACAAAGAAAGGCUGGGUAAAUACCCUUAUUACCAGGGUCAGCAAGCAGUGAAUGGUGGUGUCCCACAGAACAGUAGCCUCCUGGAACACCUGACCGCAAUGGAGAGAGACAUUGAGCGUUAUAUGAGAUCACAGACCACCAAUGGUCUAGCAGUGAUCGACUGGGAGGAGUGGAGGCCUCUCUGGAUUCGGAAUUGGAAGGACAAGGAGAUUUACCGGAAUAAUUCCCGGCGUCUGGUGUCUGAGAAACACCCGGACUGGCCUGAGAUUCAAGUCAACAGACAGGCCCAGUUUGAGUUUGAACAAUCAGCGCAGAGGUUCAUGGUCGAGACUCUGCGGAAGGCAAGAAACUUCCGGCCACACAGUUUGUGGGGCUUCUAUCUGUUCCCCGACUGCUACAAUCAUGACUAUAAGAAUAACAUGGCCAAUUACACGGGCCGCUGUCCAGACGUGGAGAUAUCCCGGAACGAGCUGCUGAGCUGGUUGUGGACCAACAGCACAGCAAUCUUCCCCUCCAUCUACCUGGACUCAAUGCUACAGUCCAAGAGCAGUGCCAUCAGGUUUGUCCGCUCCAGGAUCAAGGAGGCUCUGCGAGUGUCUGAGCUGCACAGUGUCAACUUCUCACUACCUGUGUUUGUGUACUCACGGCCGACUUAUAGUUACACCUUCAACCUGCUAACCCAGCAGGAUCUGCUGACAACCAUUGGAGAGACAGCAGCCCUGGGAGCAGCUGGAAUCAUUUUUUGGGGUGAUGCAGAUUACAGUAACAGUGAGAGUCGCUGUAAGGUGUUAAGGAGGUACCUGGAAGGACAUUUUGGUCGAUACAUCCUGAACGUGACAAUGGCUGCACAGUACUGCAGCCAGACGUUAUGCCAUGGCCAGGGUCGGUGUGAGCGCAGGGACAGUCAAUCUAAUGCUUACCUUCACCUCAAUGCAAACAGCUUCCAGAUCCUGGAGCAGAAUGUGACUGAAGGACCCAAGCUGCUGCUCACUGGAUCCUUGCGAUCUGAUGACAUCAGGCAGUUCCAGGAGAAUUUCCAGUGCCGCUGUUAUCGGGGUUGGACAGGUCAAAGCUGCAGCACUGAGACCAGCGGCUGCCAGCUCCCUCUGUCUUCUGCUCUGAAUCUCAUCAUAACAGUGCUGCUCUCUUUGACGAUCUAACACUUCCUCUUUUCAAGCCAGGAUUGAUGUUUCUGAGAAGGGAAUUUGUUACAGUCAAAGCAUUUCUGCCAAUCAUACGAUCCAAAGCUCCUGAACCUUUCUAGAUGGGAACAUUAUUUUUUAAGAUAUUGAAUUGUAUAAAGAGACAUUGUUUGUUUGCUGGUGAACAAUUUCUGAUAUUUCUCCUGAUAUUUAUUGGAAAAGCAGCUGUGGUAGGUGUCGGGAGUGGGAGCGGUGUGGAGGGGGCGGUGUCCAGAGUGGGGGCAGUGUGGGAGUACUGAGGGGGCAGCAUGGGGGGAGUGAGGGGAGUGAUGUGGGGGAUCGAGAGGGCAGUGUGGGUGGAGCGAGGGAGUGGUGAUAUUUUUGGCUUGGGGUGAGCUGUAUUCUGUAAACGUUCCUGUUGCUGAAUGUGUCAGAUUCAUUGCUGCUUCUCACUGAGGGUAAAAUACAAAACCAAAGACAAGUUUUCUGUCAGUUAAUUGGGACACAAUCUUCCAGAAACCAUGCGCGUCAGUGUUAAUAAUAUUAUGUUGUUGUCAGUAAAACACUGUGGAUCAGGA